ACUAGGCUGAGUGUCGAAUUGGUCCUUCUCCCUUUUCAUUGUCAAUUGGUCAAAUAUCCUCCUCGCCCAGUCGCGCCCUAGUUUUCGUGCUCUAACAUCAUCUACACAUAUGUAUGGACUGGGGAAUUAAGAGAGACUAUUGCUAUUCGUGAUUCCUUAGAUGCCCAAGAUCUGGGUAGAGAUACUAUCGAUUCAAAAGUAGGAAAUAAUGGUGCUGCCACUUUUGAAGCUCGGCACGCUCGCGUUGAAGACUCUGAGUAAACCCAUUGCCGUUCGGCUAAAGACGGAAGCCGGGCGACACCCCAAGUUCCGCACUUUCAUCAUCAGCAUGGCUCAGGCAAACCACCGAAUCACAACGACAAUGCAAAGACGUAUCUAUGGUCAUGCAACGGAUGUUGAAAUACGACCAUUGAAUGAGGAGAAAGCUGUACAGAAUGCUGUAGACCUUUUUGGGGAAAUUUUUAUUUUCUCGGUGGCUGUAGCAGCUCUUGUCUUUGAAGUGCAACGUAAUUCUCGCUCAGAAGCUAAGAAGGAGGAACUUCGGCGACGAGAUAUCGAGCAAGUGAGGCAACGGGAGGAAGAGUUAGCGAGGGAUAUCGAAGUGCUUAAAAGCAAGAUUGAAGAGCUUGAACAGCUGGCUAGGGGGAGAGGGCUUGCUGGUAUGUUCAAAUACAUACACCCCCAGACUGAACAUGGCAAGUCAGCCACCCCGUCAUGAUCUAUCUUGUUCUCAAGGAUCUCACUGCCAAAUGUUUCUACACAUUCAUUUUUCCAUUCUUUGGUGCUACCUCCCCAUUUUACUAAUGAAAGAGCUACUUGGAAACUCAGAUCUUGUUGAUCACAACAAAGUCAUUCUGAAUCUCUGGGAUGUAGCCAAUUUUAUCAGAGAAAUAACUACAACAAAAUGCAUAAUCAUUGCAAUAUUUUUUAUUUUAUACGGAGUAUGUAGCAUUUAAUUUUGUGGCACUUGUUAUUUGCUCCAAGAGAAUAUUAUAAACCAAACCUUCAGUUUUGCUAAAAGGUUUGCACUUAGAGCAUGGAGUUCCACCCG